AUGCCGUGGCUGUACUCCAACCCCCAAGAUACCACUUGCAAGCUGCGAGGAGUCGACGAUGAAGAUAGCACGACGAUGCCGGGGAAAGGGUUCUCAAAGAUGUACUGGGAUGGGUCGCGAGAUCGUUGGUUCUGUCAUGUAUCGGAAAGGGUGGAGCCGGACUCGCUGAGAGGUCGCGCUUCCUACUCAGAUUCCCCCGUUUCGACGAGCAAAAUGCGCAAAGAGACUGACGAGGCGCUAAGUUUACUCAUGGACGAGAGGGAAGUUGAGGAAGCGUUGGCCUCCGAACGAGACGAGCAUGCAAACUUGUCGUUGCGCAAGAGACUGAUUGGCAUCAGAGGGUACAAGCCAUGGUUCCGUACAACGUUCGCACAGGAGCACAUAGAGAUCCGAUAUCGGGAGAUCCAUUCUGACCUUCGCUUCCUGAGAGAGCACAAGCAGAAGGAAAGCAACGGCGUUACUGAUAUAGUCUCGAAGGAUGACUUCCCUCCGUACAUGCAGCUAGAGCCGAUGAAGCGCGCUCAGCUCUUCGGAGUGAGCCUCAAGUAUGUUCGAGUCUCAGUCCUGUUAGCAUACACAGCUCCUGCAAACAAUCCAAACAAUGCUGGAGCUGGACCUGUUGGUCAUCCCAACAAUCAUCAGCAACAAGCGCAAGGGGCUCCGAACAGGAAGAACAAGAGGAAGUCAGGGAAACAACCGAACGCCGAUCAGGCUGCAGCGGAAGGCAAUGUUUCCAGUGAAGGGAAAGACAACUCUGUUCAGAAACAUGUCAACGAUGGGGAGAAGUCCAAAUCUGCGUCGGACACGCCGAAAUGGCAUUCUUCCAAAUCACAUUCCCAAAAUCCGUCAAAUCCAGCUCAGCCUUUCAAGAUCUCUGACGAGAGUUUCCAAGACAAGGCAGCGACGGGCAACUCCACAGACACGAGCUCGUUGCAGUCUCAGGGUCUUACCGACGGGAAUCAGCUCAGCUCAGCAUUGCAGGCCUACCAAGCAUCGUCGUCAAGCCAAGCGAUGCCAACCAACUUUGUCAGGAGCUCUGGUUGCCUCGGAGAGUUGGCAGCUCAGGCCUCGAGUCAACUCCCUCGGUCUCAGCUGGAGGGUCUUCUUGUGGAUGACCCGCUGCUUGCGCGUAACACCUGGACGCCGAGCUCGGACGAGGAGUCUCGGGCUGCUGCAAACAGGCAGAAUGCGUCAAUUGUCAAAGCUGCUGUGCUGAACUGGGGCGACAGGAAUGCGUACAGGUGCGGGAGGUGCGGUCAGAUCAAGAAAGGGCACGUCUGCACCUUCAAGAUUGCGGAGGGCGAAGAGGACGGCAAGCCGGAGAAGCGAGCUGUCCUAAUCGAGAAGCUGAAGAUGAGGGGCACGCCUGUCAACGGCCAGCUGGGGGAGCUGCAGGGGAUGGAGCUGGAGAAUGAAUCGCAGGUGAGAUGGAGGGUGUUUGGUCAACCGAUGCUUAGAGAAGCUGUGAAGGGGAUGGACGAGGUUGCUGUGGCAUCCCUAAGAGUAGCUCCCCUCCUCCCUCCCGUUGAGCUCGCCGAGAGCUCCGACGGUCCCCAGCCUGUGCAGAUGGGAGAGGAGAGUGUGUCCGCUGGGCAGAUGUUCUCAGUUGAGGGAGGAGUCAAACAAGCCAUAGGAAAUGGCAGGGAACACGCAGCAUGGCUGGUGAAGGGGACCGACAGCGUUGUCAAGGAAUCGUCCUCGUCGGACCUCGAGGGGGGGCGCGUGGAGCUGCUGAUGCAGGAGGGAGUCAGCUCGUCAGCCUCUCCUGCUGUCCCGCCCGUUGCUCACACUGGAAGGAUCGAUGAGAUCAUCUCGCCUCCAAGCGCCUCGGAGCAAGGAACAGUUUCGGGGGAUGACUGCAGGGGAGAGAGUCGGGCGAAUCCGAUGGAGGAGGACGGGAGAGUUCAAGGCGCCAGCGAUGAGACUGGCGCGUGCAAGUCUAAGGAUGGUACGGAAAUCUCCAAGGAAGGGGCUGAGCGAAUGCGGAAGGAGGGAGAGGAGGAGAGCGCGAAGGAGUCGCCAACCCUCAAGGACUUGCAAGAAGGAAAGACAGCUGAGGGUCCAGGAGAGCAGCAGGAGGCAACGGAGAAGACUGAAGACGCGAAAACUGCAGUUCUUGACAAGCCCAAGACGGAGGAGGAAGAGGAGAAGGCGAAGGACGAGAACGCGAAAGCUCUAACGAUUACCAAGGAGAAUGAUAUGGAGGAUGACGUGCCCGUUGCUGCAGUCACUUCAUCUGGCCAAGUGCCUGCUGGGGAUCCGGGAGCUUCGAUGCCGCGCGCCGGGGCUGAAGAGAAAGAGAAGAAACAAGGGAAAGAGGAGGAGCCAUCGAGCUCUGGAGCACAGCACUCUCUGCCAGAGGACCGGCACGAUCCUUGCACGACUUCCAGAGAUCCCAUGGUGGAGACACGCCCGGAAGGUGCGGCCGAGUAUGAACGGGGUGAGGAAGUGCAGAAGACGGUGAGGACGAAGGAGGUAGAGGAGAAGGAGGCCAUGGACGAGCGACAAGAGCCCAGCACAACAGGGACGAGCCUGGACACGAACAUGGCAGCCAAAGUGGACGCAACAGAGCAGGAGGAAAUUGAGCAAGCAGCGCACGAGCAGGAGGAUGGAGGGCAGACUGAAAAGAAGUUGCGAAGGAAGGAGGAAGAGGAGGAUGAGAAAAUGGUUGAAGCAGCUUCUGAGGAGACGAGGGGAGCGAAGGGACAGGAAGGAAGAAGAGACGCGUGUGCUGCAUGCAGUACAGCGACUGGCGAGGAAGGUACGAAGCAGUGCGAUGAAGGCUCGUCUGGCAAGGGAAGGGAGCGAGAAGAGGAGGGAAAGGAGGAGAGGGGAGAGAAGCGUCCUCGCACAGAGUAG